AGGCGGCGGGAGCGGAGCGGAGCGGGGCCGGCCAUGGCGGGGAGCGCGGCGGGCGGCGAGGCGGCGGGUGGCGGGCGCGUGCGGGCGCUGCAGCAGGAGGUGGAGGGCGUCAAAACCAUCAUGACCCAGAACGUGGAGCGGAUCCUGGCGCGGGGGGAGAACCUCGAGCAGCUCCACAGCAAGAGCCAGGACCUGGAGGCCACCUCGGAGCACUUCAAGACGACUUCACAGAAGAUGGCCCGCCGGUACUGGUGGAAGAACGUGAAGCUGCUCGUCAUCCUCGGCAUCGUGGGCGUCAUCAUCCUCAUCCUCAUCAUCCUCCUGGCCACCGGCAUCAUCCCCACCUAGAGACCCCCUGUCCCUCCUCCACGGGGACUCUUCCCCCACCCCCCCACCCCCCCCGAGGUCACCCCCGCGUGGAAUACAGGGGAUGACGAGCUGCG